AUGGCAAAGCGAUACGCUAUUGCCAUGCGCGCCCACCAAAUCUGGAUUCUUGAUUGGGAUGAAUGCAUAUUAUAUUACGCGUUUGCGACCGAUCUGAGUUGGUACGCCGUUAUAGUGGUUGAGAUCUGCAAACAAUAUGCAGUAUUUUCGCUAGAUUGGUCUGACGCAGCGUGUUAUAAUGACCCAGCCGUCUUAAAUCUGCUUGAAUAUCCCUUCGCAGUACGUAACACUCGUGAAGUUGGUAAUUACUUGGCAAGCGUUCCAUUCAAAAACAUCGCACUUAUAGGCCACAGUCUUGGUGCACAUAUAAGUAGCUUUGCCGCAAAAAAUCUCCAGACAUCGGGUUAUGGUAAAGUUCCGCUUCUUAUUGGUUCCGAUCCUGCGGGACCUCUUUUCAUGCUUAAAGGUCCCGAGGAUAGAUUUUCUGACACAGACGCCGAACGUGUCAUAGCUCUUCACACAUCUGCUCUCGGACUACAGAAAUCUCUAGGUCAUCUCGAUUUGUGGUUCAAUAACGGAUUAAGCCAACCAGCAUGUGGUGGAAAAUGUCGCAAAAACAAUAGCUAA